UAACAUUUGCCAUUAGUACUAAAAUGAACAAACAAACUCCAACUACGAGUCCAGUGGAUAUCGAUGAUGUGCUAAAGGAACUGGGCUUUGGACGCAUGCAAAUCUUUAUAUUCGUCGGCUGUUUCUUAAUGCAGAUCUAUGUAACCAACGAGCAGUUUGGCAUCGGUUUGUUGAGCGUUCCAGCUAGUUGUGAUAUAGACAUGUCUGGCUAUCGUGUUUCGUGGAUGUUAGCACUGGGCAUGUGCUCACAGAUAUUGUUCAGUCAUUAUUGGGGUCACUUUGCAGAUGAGCGAGGCAGACGCAUGCAAUUAAUAGUAUCAUUAUUAACGUGUAUGGUGCUCUCACUGCUAACGUCAUUGAUGCCAGAGUACUGGUCCUUUCUGGUUUGCCGCUUUUUCGUUGGCUGCUUUCUCACAGGUCCAGGCAUGGGAUUGGUUACAUAUAUGAGUGAGUUCACCAAAAUAUCGCUGCGACCCAAGGUUCUGAUCUAUCUGAGCUAUUCCCAAGGCAUUGGUAUGGUCUAUGUGGCAGCAAUGGCCAUGGCACUGCUGCCGAGCGAUAUAAAAAUAAGAUUAGUGGGUGACUAUGGCAUUACCAGUUGGCGUAUACUCUUCUGGAUUAAUUUAUUGCCUGGUAUUGCGGGUCUCAUCAUUGUUUGGUUGUCACCGGAGUCUCCCAAGUAUUACUUAUCGAUCCACAAGGAGCAGGAGGCUAUGGCAGUAUUGGAAAAAUGCUGUCGUGUAAACAAGGGCAAGGAUGUUACUCUGAAAAGUCUGGGCAUUGAGUAUGUCACACAGCCCAGACGUAGGUCGGAAGUCGAAGUAAAGUUCAGAUCGCGCAAUCCAUUUGUACGCUUGUGGGUUAAUACGAAGCCUCUGUUUAGAGGCAAACAUUUGCGGUUCAUGCUGUUGGCCCUUACACUUUCCUUUACACUCUUUGCCACCGGUUUCGGCCUGGCAAUUUGGAUAGUACGUAUUUUCGAAGCUACAGAAGACACCGGAGGAAAAGCAACUCUUUGCGAAUUAAUGUAUGAGCAUGCCAUGCGAAAGAAAGAGAAAAAUGAUACAUCAUUCUGUGUGAUUGAACUCGAGACUUUGGAAUAUUCAAUGAUUAUUGGCGUCGUCUGCCUGUGCUUCUUUAUCGUAAUCAGUCUUCUAUUGAUUUGCCUCAAUCGCAAGACCAUAAUUAUAAGCUUUUCGUUCAUUGCUGGAUGCUCGGGAUUUCUCUUGAACUUUGUACACUGGAAGCCAAUGGUUUUAAUUGCAUUAAUCUUUCUUUCGAUGCCGUCGCUCUGCAGUCUGCGCUUGGUGCACUCCGUGCUUGUAGACGUGAUACCAACGCACUUACGAAGCAAAGCUAUGGCGCUAUCCACAAUGAUGGGUCGUUUUGGCACCAUGUUGGCUAUGAUAUAUGUUGGCUAUACCUACCAAGUCUUCUGUCCCAUCACAUUUAAUCUAUUCGUAGUGAUUAUAUUGCGUGAGUUAUGUAAACAUAUCGCAUAUAUAUUCAAACUAUUCUUGUUUAGUUUCUGGUGGACUCAUGUUCUUGCUGCCAAAGGAUGCAGCAGCCGAUAUAGCGAACGAAUAAUUAAAUCAGUUAUUUAAUUUUUAAGUUGCUGCCAUUCGUAUGUCGCAUUGUCGAACUUUUGCUACAUUAAACAAUUUAAUUG